UCCAAGUAGUCCACCUUUUCGUUCGCGCUUCGCGAUUUGAUCACUUGAACACUUGAGCACAGGGACAGUGCAGUUUCGUCCCCGUUGGUGUUUUGAGAAGCAGCGGCCGUGUCAAAUAAAUCAGUGAAUCUGACUUGAAGUGUCGUUCGUCGUUCGGUAGUAAGGCUGCUGCGACGCGACGAAGAACUUCCCGAGAGUCCUCGGUGGAUUGUUGUGUUUUUCUGUGCGGUGGAUUACCGAUUUUUUUUUCUCGAGGGGCCGGGAAGACACUGAACACUGAUCGUGAUCGUGUGUGGAUUUGGCUUUUGUUUCGCUGUUUUUGUUUUUCGGCAAGUUCAGACCCCAGAGAACAAUCAAUUGCGAACUCAGCGACGAGGUUUUUGUGUGUGCAAAAAUCGAAAGAUCGUGAGUGAGAGUAGCUGAGAAGGGCGCAAACAGCGAUGAUAACAGUUAAUUGUUGAAAAUCUCAGUCCUCGGGUUAAGAAGAUUUUGUUUUUUUUUUUCGUCUGUGUCUGCUCCUUCGGCGCAGAGGAGGAUUAUUUUUUCGGCAAAGGAAAGUGUAACACGAGAUCCACCGUGGUGGAGAAGAGGUGGCGUACUUAAAAGUCGUUUAAAAAUCCGCCACCUGAGGAGAGACAGUGCAUACGGCGGCCGUAAGAUAGACAGGCCGAGAGUUGAAAAGCAGCUUGAAAACUCGACGCGCAGAUAAGGCGAGAGAAGCCAAAAACCGUCCAAGGCCCGUCGUCGCACUUCUUCUAGAGACCUGGAAGGCGCGCGCGAGCGAUCGGACAGGCGAAAAAGGGCUUUCGAAACGGAGAGGCAACCGGACAGACGGACGAACGGAAUAAAAAAAAAAAUUAUGAAAACGAGAUAGUUUUAAAAGAGCUACUCCGGGACAGCGCGCACAAAACAGAGAGAUGUUUUCGAAAAACGGCCGCCACCAAGGACCGGCGGAGGCGCGGUGACGUAAAGCCCAAGAUCAACUCCGAACGACGGCCCCGAACUGAGGCUGCGGCCCAGCGAGCAAAUGUGGUGUCUUUUAUGAAUAAUUAAACAUAUGGAAAGUGUUGAGUGGAGCAUUCGACGACGUAGACGACGCAGGCGACGACGACGGCCGACGGCAGCCGAACCGUAAUUUGAGCACGCUUUGAACCGAAGAAAUUGACGAAGAAAAGUUUCCAUUUUUCUCGGUCGGUUGUUAUUGUUGAUACUUUUUUCAGUUUUUCAAGAAGAAAUUCAAGUGUAGUUCAAGUACUUAAACUUGUACAAUUUUGAUCGCCCAUCCACUGGGCUGAGUGUGGCAAGAAGACAACACAGGCCGGAGGAAUUCGUUCUGCAGCAAGCGCGAAGAAUCCCCCUCGAAAGGUGAAGUUCAAGCGAAGAAGAGAUAAGCGAAAUAAAAAUUCUUGCCAAGAAGAAGUUGUGGGUGUAAGAAAAGAUAAAAAGAGGAAAAUAAGCUGAAAACAAACGUGAAACGAAGUUUUGCCCGAGAAGAAAAGAGCUCCGGAGAAACCUGGCAUAAGAGAGAGAGGGAGAAAAGGUUAAAAGUUUGCUUGCAGAGGAAAAAAAAACGAAGCUGUAGUGAACCAUAAUUGCGAUAGUAAUAACCACAAAAUUGUGAUAAUCUAUAUAUGAUCUUGAGGGCGAAGAGUGAUCGUGAGCGAGAAGAAUACACGAAGUAAGAGAAACGCUACGAAACGCGGGUAGAACAAGACGAAAAAGAAUCCCUAAUAAUGUGUAAUUUUUCAAAACAUAUCAUAAUAACACUCGGUACGAAAGUUUGCGACGGACCUACUAGAAUCAGUCUCAAUCGGCGACCAACGCUGGAACAGCAGCAGCAGCAUCUUGUAGUGACCGUCCUAUCCGCGUCAACAAGUGUGUAACAAGCGAAGAGAUUUAAUAGGAUUGUAAAAAGUUUAUCACUCGAAUAAAUCAAUUAUAAAUCGAGACAGCAGCAGCAGCAUCUUCGGGGCUGCUCUACGAGAUCGUCUUAAGACUCGAUCGGUUGUAGUCCGGGAACAUCACCUCAUAGGAACAUAGGAGAAGAGUGCACAGAGCAAGAGCGAGGGCCGCGCAAAAUGUUUGACGUUCGUACCGUAGAAGCUGGUGGAAGUUGUGAUCAAGAUCGUGAUAGUGAUACAAUGUCAAUCACCGCGAGACGACGACGUGCAUUUCAGCGGCAGGCCUGUUUACUGAGCGUUAUGGCUGCGUUUUCCCUGGGGCUGGCACUUGGCGUGUUUGUGCCACUAAUUGGUAUGUCACAGGCGGUGACGAAAGGAUCGUCCGAUGUCGGCAGUAGUAGUGGUGGCCAUGGCGCUAGCAUCGAUGGUGAUGAGUCAGGACCCUCCCCACUCGGACGAUUCGAACAUUUACCUCAUAAGCUUCCGCACUUCCCAACGAUAGACGAUCUUCGGGGGAAGGACUCGUACAACUCGGUAUCCUUCAUAGCGGAAGAGAAGCUCAAAGCUGAAGACGUUUUUCGACAUGCAUUUCACAUCGAUCAACGGGACGACAAGGACACGAUGAUCAUCAAAAAGUUCGAUCCGGAAGAUCGAUACAUUAAGGAGUACACUGUGCGCCGAACGGCGGAUGGCUUGUUCCACAAAGGUCCCGAAAAAAAGCUAUCCCAACCGUCGAUCAUCGAACAGAUCCUAUCCUCUGGCAAACCGGAGGACGGAAACCCGGACGAACCGGUGAUCGAUAUAGUCAGUCAGAACUACGAUGACCACGAAGAUUCGGAAGAUGCGGACGGUGUCAUCCUGAAUGACAUCUACUGGGGAUCAUCGGUCGAAAAUGCCCUUCCCCAAGGCUUCGGAAAACGGCAAAGUGACUCCUGGACCCGCUACCUGCAGAAUGCGGAAGUCGAUCACCUCGAAGUCGGCUGUGGACGGAUGCAAAAUCGAAUGGUCGUCUUCCGGGAUGGCACCCGAGCUUGCGCCCGAUAUCGGCAAAACACCGAUCAAAUUCAAGGUGAACUCUUUAGUUUCUACCUCGGCCAGCUCCUAAACAUAACUAACCUCGCCCCGAGUGCAGCCUCCAUCAUCGAUAUGGAAACCAAACUGUGGUCCUCAGUCACGGACGAUAUUUCCAACUCUCAGUGGAAAUCCACUAAACCGGUCGUCAUAACCAAGUGGAUUGGCAACCUCGAGCCAGCCGGCAUUCCCAAACCGUUCCAACCUCUCGAAAGGCACCUCAACAAGCUGGACAUCAAGAACAUCACCGAAGGUCUGGAUCUGCCAAAACCUACAAAAACCCUACUCGAUCACCUCGGUGCCACUCAACCACCGGAGCUACAACCCAUCCGACCACCGGGAGCUCCCAUCGGCGACUCCGUCCUCAAACGGCUAGUCGAACUAGCCCAAUGGUCGGACCUGAUUGUCUUCGAUUACCUGAUCGCCAACCUAGAUCGAGUUGUCAACAAUCUGUACAACUUCCAGUGGAAUGCCGACAUAAUGGCCGCUCCGGCACACAAUCUAGCCCGUCAGAGCGAAUCGCAGCUGCUGGUCUUUCUAGACAACGAGUCCGGUCUGCUGCACGGCUACCGGUUACUCAAGAAGUACGAAGCCUACCACGGGCUGCUACUUGAUAACCUGUGCGUGUUUCGGCGAUCGACGAUCGCAGCCCUGCAGCACCUGCGGGACAACAACGUUGGCCGGCGGCUGAACGAGCUGUUCGAGCGGACCACCACGGCCAAGAUACGGGACGUGCUGCCACCGCUGCCGGAGAAAUCCAUCAAGAUACUAGUCGAUAGGAUUGAUCGAGUGUUAGGUCAAGUGCAAAAAUGUCGUGAAAUUUUCUCCAACCGAUAGCCCGCGCUCGGAACGGCAACAACAAUGACGACGACGACGACGACGGGAAGGAAUCGCUGGUGAACAAAAAAAAAGUACGCUGGUCGUGUUCAGGAAAGUUUCUGUAGCUGCGGGAUCUCCUUCGACUUAAUCAACUGCGGCGGCGGCACCGGAGUGCGGCAGUCGGGAGAAAGCAUCGUUUGUUUAGUGAGCUGUUUUGUUGUUUCGUUUAUACACUUUUUUUUUGUUUAUUUGUUGCCGUGCUUCGACUCCUACAACCAACGUUCUGUGGGAUGUGCUGCUGUCCCCGCUCGCUUGCUUGCACAUUUCGGUCCGGAUCCCAGCAGAACCAAAUAGAGAGAAGGAGACAGAGAGGGACAAGGAGGCCCCCAGCGGAGUGUGUCCAGGUGACCUCGUGGAAUCGGUAUUGUGUUUGCCUGUAAGUUUUUGUUUGUUGUUGUUGUUGUUGUUGUUGGUUUUUGUCUGAGCCGUCCGAGAUUUAGGGGACUUAUCGUGAUUUCGAGCGCUCGCAAAGAAUCGCGGAAAAUCCCAAUGGUAAAGUCAUCUCCGGUAGAAGCAAGCGGAGAAGGUAGCCAGAAAGAGAGAGAGGGAGGGCAGAGAGAGAGAGAGAGAUUGAAAGACAAUAUAAAAUAGUUUAGCCAGGAUGGAAGAAAGCAAAACGAUGAGCAUGUGUAUGAAAUAUUGUAAAAUUUAUAGAUAUUAUUCCUAGCAGGGAGGGAAAAUAGACGAAGGCGCCAAUAAUUGGCGAUGACGACGACGACGACGAAGGCUUCGACGACGUUUGGUGUGCGGGUUCCAACAACCUCUUGGGCUCUUGGUCUGGGCUUCUGUGGUGGCUGAUGGGAAGGUAUUGCUGCCUGCUUCGGCGUUUAAAGGGUAGGGAAUUUUGCGCAGCUGUGCCAUUUGGACGGACCUGCGCCGCAUGACGAGAUCGAUUUGUGUCUGUGGCUGAGGGAUUUUCGAUUGCAUUGUUUGGAUUGUUGGGAUGAGCGAUGAUUAGCCAUAAUUUUCGACGGCACAAGGUGCGUUUUUUGGUUGACUGUGGGCCCUGCCGGAUUGGUUCCCACAACCCCAUUUUGGGGAACGUAAUUGAAAAUUGGUGAAUUGGAGGUCAAAUGGAUUUGAAUGCCAAACAGACACGGUGCAGACGUUUGACGGAUUGUUGAUUUUAAAGUUGAGAUUUUCUCUCGUAUUAUAUUGAGGGAUUAGGCAAGUUUCAGUGGCUUGGGAGCGAUUGAACAAAACGUAAAUCAUGUUUAACCACUUUGUUAACGUACAUGCAGGAUGUAGUAGU